UGACCUCCUGACAGUUCGUGGUAGUUGUUCAUGUGCGCAAAACAUAACCAGCAAAUUUGAUUUGCUAUCCAUAUUACAUUCUUGGAUACCUUAUAACUAUUUAGCAGAAUGUACCAGCUAUUGAAUCGAUAUAUUGACUUAUUUAUGAAAUAGAUUUAAGAAAUUAUAAAAGAAAGCAAGGAUUAUAAAUUGGACAAUUGUCAUGGAUGACUGUGAUUUACAAGUAUUAAUCAAUGACCAUAUAGAAAUUGGUAAAAGUCUAUUAGAAAUAUUGAAAUCUUUUGAUAGUGUUGAUGGAGUAGCAAAAUUAGUAACUAAAAUAAAGAAAGAAAUAAAGUUUCUUGAAAAAGUAUUAAAGAAUAAUGAUCUUCAACCAGACUACGUGUGCUGUACUAACUUAAAUUAUUUAAAAGCUAUUGUUCAAUGCUUAUUACAAGAACACAAUAUUAUUCAUGUAUUUUAUCCAGUCACCAUUGAUAAUAGAAAAAUUUAUAUUGAUGUAAUAAGUGAUAAUGGAGGCUCCUGGAUUAAAGUUAUUGCACGCAACAAAAAGUCAUUAAGUGAGGCUGCUUUAGGACAAACUACAACUAAAGUUCGAAGUGUUAUAGAUCAUAGCAAUGAUUAUUUAUCUGCAGCAAAAUUAAAACCUAUAUAUUACAAAGAACCUCAGAUCAAGUUUAUUUUUGCCAAUGGUGUCGAUGAUUUUCUAAAAUUAGAAUUGGAAGCAAAAGGUGUAUUUGUAGUCAAUUCAUUGGAUGAAAAUAAAUCACUAAUACCCAGUGAAUUGUUCUUAAAACAUUACAACAAUAUUAAUACAUUAAAUUUAGAUAUAACUGCUAUGAUAGCAUAUGUUAGUAAUCUUACUAAUGGGCAUUGUAAUAUUGAAUUAAAAGAACCACUUUUAGCAGAACAAGCUAGAUGGGAAAGGGAGCGACCAGUAAAUACUAUUUUAAACCCUUUAUUUAACGGGAAAAAUCUUAUUUGUUGUGAAACUGCUAAAAUAGCAUUCGAAACCAUUAUACAAACAAUUGGGGGUCCUGAAGAAAAGGCUAGAGCUGCAAACUUAUUAGAAAGAGUUACAACUUUACCAGAUGAUGCCAAUCGAGAUGAUGAUUUUUUUCAAAGUAUUAAAAUAUGUGGAAGGAUAAAGCCAAGAUCAAAAAUAAUAUUUUUGUUUGGACAUUUCUUAAAGGCCAUCACUGUGACUGCAAAUCAAGGGUUCAUUGAAGCUGCUAAACAACAAUCUUUUGAGCCAGUUGUGUUUUUGCAUGAACCAAGGGCGUUAACAGAAUUGAAACAGAUCCAAAUCAUAUAAUUUGAUUUUAUUUUUAGCUGUAUGUGAC